GAAAACAGAAAACAACAAACCAUCCCGAAACGAAACAAAGCGCUCAGCCGCUCACGAAGAGCGAGAGGCGAGCGCGCAGCCCGGCGACCCGUGGCGGAAGGCAAAAACCCCGCGCCGCAUUGCGCCGGAACCCUCCGAUUCGGCCCGGGCCGAGCUCGUAUCCGCGCAAUCUCGACGCCGGCGGGCUCGAUCUGAGCCGGGGCCGCCGCGCGCCGGCAGAGGAAUGGGGAGCGUGGACGGCGGGGUCCAGGGGAUCCACGAAGCUAAUCGGCGUGCGCAGUUGAUUGAAUGGAUGAAUGCCUUACUCCCGGAAUUCAGUUUGCCUCCGGAUUCAUCGGAUGAAGAGCUACGAGAGCUGCUCAGUGACGGUGUGGUCCUGUGCCGUGUUGUGAACACACUCAUCCCGGGGGUUCUCGAGGGAUCCUGGGAGGGUUACGCACCGUCAGAUCAGAGGUUAGGCAAUGUGAAGAAAUUCCUCUCUGUGGUUGCGGAUAUGGGGCUGCCAGGUUUCAGUGUGAAAGAUCUUGAUGAGGGAUUAAUGUCUUCUGUAGUGGAGUGUCUCUUGGUUUUGAGGGACAGUGUGGAUCCUAAAUUAGGUGGUAAUAUUCCACCAGAUGUUACCAGAACUCCAUCGAGAAAACAAUGGGGAGUUUUGGAAAUGGACAAGCCUCAAGUUCCUGGUGCAGCACUAGAGAAAAGAUCCCCUGUAGAGGACAAGAGAAACGGUGUUGCAGAUCUCAAAGCCCAUCAGAAAACUCCUGUCUUUUCUGGACAAAAGUUUCGUGAAGUUUUCCAAUUAAAACGCGGAUCAUACUCCGAUCUUCCUGCUGCCAAGAUUUCAGAGAUGAUGCACUCUAAUAGCUUAGAUAAUGCAUCCACACAGUCACUUAUUAGUGUUGUUAAUGGCAUUUUGGAUGAAAGCAUAGAAAGGAAAAAGGGAGAAAUACCACAUCGUGUAGUUUACUUACUGAGGAAAGUCGUUCAAGAGAUUGAGCGCCGUCUUUGUAUUCAAGCAGAACACAUAAGAAGUCAAAAUGUUAUCAUCAAGACAAGAGAACAGAAGUAUUGUUCAAAAAUUAAAGCACUUGAAAUAUUGGUAAAUGGCACAAAUGAAGAAAACCAGAUGGCAAUAAACAGACUUCAGAUAGUCAAGAAUGAGAAGUCAAAAAUCGAAGAGAGAAGAAAACUCAGUGAGCAAGAUGUUCAUCGAUUAAUGAAAGAGAAAGAACAUUCUGAAAAUAUUAUAGCAAACUUAAAGAAAGAUAUGGAAGCCAUGAAUAGGUUGCAUGAGCAGCAACUUGAACAAACGGAAAGAAAGGCAAAGGAAAUGGAGGAACAACUGACCACCAAAGUUAAAGAAGUAGAGUAUCUCUUGCUACAAUCAAAUAAGAAAGUUGAAGAAGUUGAGACUGCCUCCAGGAUAAAAUCACAGUUAUGGGAUAAGAAAGAAAACAAUUUUCAGAGCUACACGGAUAAUCAACAAUUAAUUAUCAAGGACAUAAGAAUAUUGUCGCAAUCAUAUAAAAACGAUAUGUAUGCACUUCAAAUGCAGUGGAGAAAUGAGAUAUCUAAUUUAGGAUCUGGGUUAAAAUGUUUGGUUGAUGCUGCUGAAAAUUAUCAUAAAGUCCUGGCGGAGAACCAAAAGUUAUUUAAUGAAGUGCAAGAACUAAAAGGUAAUAUAAGAGUAUAUUGUCGUGUUAGGCCAUUUCUUUCCGGUCAAGACAAAAAGUCUACCACAAUUGACUACAUGGGGGAAAAUGGUGAGCUGCUUAUAUCAAAUCCAUUUAAGCAAGGGAAGGACGGACAUAGAAUGUUCAAGUUUAAUAAAGUGUUCAGUCCAUUUGCUUCUCAAGCUGAGGUUUUUUCUGACAUACAACCACUAAUCCGAUCAGUUCUGGAUGGAUUCAACGUUUGUAUUUUCGCAUAUGGCCAGACUGGUUCUGGCAAAACUUACACAAUGAGUGGGCCUAGCACAUCAAAGCAAGAUUGGGGUGUCAAUUAUCGAGCUUUAAAUGAUUUGUUUGAUAUUUCACUAAGUAGGAGAAAUGCCUUCUCUUAUGAAGUUGGGGUACAAAUGGUUGAGAUAUAUAAUGAACAAGUCCGUGAUCUGCUAUCAAAUGAUAUUGCACAGAGAAGACUUGGGAUUUGGAGCACUUCUCAACCCAAUGGGCUUGUUGUUCCAGACGCAAGCUUGCACUCAGUUAAGUCAACAUCUGAUGUAUUAGACUUGAUGGAAAUUGGGCAAGCAAAUAGAGCAGUUGGUUCAACAGCCCUAAAUGAAAGAAGUAGUCGGUCGCACAGUAUCCUAACUGUACAUGUUCGAGGGUUGGAUUUGAAGAAUGGAUCCACCUCUAGGGGUUGUCUGCAUCUUAUUGAUCUUGCUGGUAGUGAAAGGGUUGAGAAGUCUGAAGCAACCGGGGAUAGAUUAAAAGAAGCUCAAUACAUUAACAAAUCACUCUCUGCAUUAGGUGAUGUGAUUUUUGCUUUGUCACAGAAAAGUGCCCAUGUGCCUUAUAGAAACAGCAAGCUAACACAAGUUCUUCAAAGUUCUUUAGGUGGACAAGCAAAAACUCUAAUGUUUGUUCAAAUAAAUCCUGAUGUUGAGUCAUAUUCAGAAACUAUAAGCACUUUAAAGUUUGCUGAAAGGGUAUCUGGAGUAGAGUUAGGUGCUGCGAGAAGUAACAAGGAGGGAAAGGAUAUAAAAGAGCUAUUGGAACAGGUUGCGUCUUUGAAAGACACAAUUUCACGCAAAGAUAUGGAAAUAGAGCAGCUCCAAGUCACCAAAGACAAAGUUAAAUCUCCAAAUUUAUCAUCAGGCGAACGAAUGCUUAAGUCUAGUGACAGAGUUCUAUCAGAUCCUCUGAGUUAUGGUGAGAUGAAUGGAGAUUCUAACCAUAAUUUGACGGGUACUGCACCAGUGAGCUUAGAUGAACCAGAAUAUGAGGACAAUGCAUCCGAUGAUGGUUUAUCAGGUGAAACCGACAAUUUGAAUUCAGCUGCUGAGAUGACAGUGGAACGGCUGCAUAGGUUUCCGUCAAGAAUAAGCAGAUUCACUCUCACAAAAAAUGGGCAGGCAUCUAUGUCUAGAUCAAAAUCAAAGGACGCUAAGACUCCAAGUAAUACAAAAGCUCCAUCGAGCCAGCUGACAGGAGGUUCUUCAGUCAAGGGAUCUAAAAGAUGGCAAUAGUAAAGCAUGGUCAUGUUGCUCGUUGUGAUGUGCUUGUAGUUGAAAUGUGAAUUUGCUGGGUAGUUGUAGGACCAUUCUAUGAUUGUCUUAGAAAAUGUGAGACAUUCCGCUGACAGAAGACUUGAGACUUUCGUUUGAUCAUUUGCCGAGCAAAACCAAACAAUGCUCGAUUGUAUGUGAAACAUUCUGACCUGUGACCAUUUGAAGAGGUUGGUGUGCCUCCAGAGUUGUAUAUAUGCCACCAAAUUGUUGCCUGAAAAUUUCCAGUUUGAUGCAUCCUGAAA